AUGAACAACUUCAAAGCCGAAGUUAAAUCUGAACACCUUUCCAAUUUUUACGAAAUAAUGUACAAUGUGGGCAGCAUUUGUCCUCAGUUGACGUUGACAGGUUACCUUGAAGUCGGAUGGAAUUUUCUCAUAGAAUUGAACACUGUAAUGUUUCAAUCAAUAAACUGCCCAUCAAAAAAGGUUUUUCGAAUUGAAGCGGAUUCAGGAGUUUCAAGAAUAUUUCAAGAAAGUAAACACGUUACCUCAUUACAAAUUUACGAACAAAUUUCGUCAUCGAUAUAUAAUCUUCUCUCGUUUGAGGUCAUUGAAAAUGGGUUUAAAACCAUAUAUACCAUUGUUUAUAAUUCGGUACCGGAAUUCACAAUUGAGAUAAAUGACGAUACUUCACAGUUUAAAAAUUCAUGGUCAGUACUUCCAACGGUUCUCGAAAAAUGGUUAAGCGUGACCGAUGAAGAUCAUGAAGAUGUCUACUUUAACCACGGAACCAACAUUCUCAACAUCAAAUUCACGUGUGGAGACGAUGACAAUGAUUUCAACAUAGAUGUGAACAAAAAAGAUUUUAUUGCAUACAAUAUUAUUGAACAGGUGCAAUUCAAAGUCACGAGACAGGAUUUAAGUCAAAUGCUUCCAUUCGUCAAAUCCAUUGAUUCGUCCUUUGAC